UCAUACCCACCAGGAGGAACUUCAUUCUAGUCUCUACCAUUGAAUAGUAGAGUCUGACCGAUCGUUUACUGCGCAUGCGCGCAUCAUAGCUUCGGCGGUUGAUUGCACAAGCUGCCAGAAGGCGGACAAUUACGAAAACGCGUGAGUCCAGCAGUGUGGGCUAAGAUGGCGGCUAAUGUCACCACCAACCCUUCACAGUUACUUCCGCUCGAGCUAGUGGAUAAGUGUAUAGGAUCUCGUAUCCACAUUGUCAUGAAGAGCGAUAAGGAGAUUGUCGGCACGCUGCUGGGGUUCGAUGAUUUUGUUAAUAUGGUACUAGAAGACGUCACUGAAUUUGAGAUCACGCCUGAAGGAAGACGAAUUACGAAGCUAGAUCAAAUUCUGUUAAAUGGAAACAAUAUAACAAUGCUUGUACCUGGAGGAGAAGGUCCAGAAAUGUAAAUGGGUUGUGAGGCCGGACAACCAGCUGCAUCCUCCUUAUUUAUAUCAUUUUCUUAGAGCUGAAGGCCGAAUCGGAGAUUUUUUUUUCCUUACCUUAAUUACGGUGUUCUUGAAGGAAUACCUGGAUUUUUUUAUUUUUAAUACAAUGGUUGCAUUACGUAAUUCAUUU